GUGAUGAGGUGCGCACUCAGCGCGCCACUCUGCCCGCGCGGACACUGCAGUGUAGGUUACCGUGCCAUCGCUGCUGCGGCUGCUCGCUCCCGACACCACGUCCCGCUGCAGACUUCCCGGGUCCGGGUAGAACAGGGAAGCGCUGAAAGCCAUGGCCGAGUCCAACCCUCUGCGGGGCUUCCCCCGUCUGCGCCGGGCCGCGACCUCAUUUCCAGGAAAUCUGCAUUUGGUCUUGGUGCUCCACCCCUCCGGCUUGUUAAGCUCUGCCCCCAGUCCGUCUUCCAGCACUGACCUGGGCUUCCGCUUCAGCCAGGAUGACUUCCUGUUAAAGAUGCCGGUGGUGAUGCUGCGCUCAGUUGGUGACCUGCUGCGCUACAUCGACGAAAACCACCUGACAUCAGACUUCACUGCAAAAGUGGAGUACUGCCAAAGUGACUGGAUCGUCCUCCGCACGGCUAUUGAGACCUUUGCGGUGACAGUGAAGGAGAUCGCACAGCUGCUGCAAGGCUUUGGAUCAGAGCUAUCUGAGACCGAACUUCCGGAUGAAGCUAGUGCCAUCGAGUUCCUGCUGCACUCACACACACACCGAUACCGACAGAUGAAGGACGACAUCCGGAGUGUGCUGAAAGAAGGACGGCUGCUGCUGUCGAACCUGGAGACUGUCAAGGCCUCUAAGAGAGAUGUAGAGGAGGAGAGGGAACUAAAAUCAGACAUGGACACUGUUCAGAGGCUCCUGACUCAGCUCAGAGACAUGGAGGAGGCAUUUGAUGGCUUCUUUGAGAAACACCACCUGAAGAUGCAGCAGUACCACCAGCUGCUGCAUUAUGAAAUGAGUUUCCAGCAGAUGGAGGAGGUACUGGAGAGGAUCACUAACCAGGAGAUGGACAUUGCCUCUGUGGGAACCACGGUGGUGCAGACGGAACAACUAUUGAAGGACCUGGCAAUGCUGGACACACACGCUCAGGAGGAGAUGGCUCGUGCCCAGGUGGUUAUCCUGCAUGGCCAUCAGUUGGCCACCAACCACCAUUACGCCCUGGCGCUCAUCAUCCAACGCUGCAAUGAGUUGCGACAUCGCUGUGACAUCAUCACCACUGCCAUACGCACCAAGCGGGCCUCCCUUACCCGAGCACGAGACCUGCUGCUCCGCCUUGAAGGGGCCCUUCGGUGGUGUGACGAGGGCGCCUAUCUACUGGCGAGUCAGAUGGUGGACAAGUUCCAAACCAGAGAGGGAGCGCAGGAGGCACUGCAGUACCUGAGCUUCCACCAGGAGAGGGCGCCGUCCGCACUGAAAAACAGCCAGGACAUUCUGAGCCUUGAGUUUGAAGCCAUACUCACCCCACAGCUGCAGUCCCAAAUUUCUAUUGUUACAGAGAAGCUGAACUCGAUGCAGUCUAUGAUUAGAAACAGAGAGCAGUGUCUGAAAAAGUUGGCGGAUGUACAAGUCAGACCGAUUCAGCUGGUGGCCCCAAGGCCUGAACCUGACCACACCUUGCAGCGCUGCAAGUCACCCCUCUUCUCCCCCAAACAUGGUGUAGACUUUAACGUCCUAAAUUCCAAGUUCUCCUUUGACCUGCUACCUGGCAAAAGAGCCGCAAGGAGGAACAACAGCCAACGCAAGAUUGAGGUAAUGCAUGAUUUCCAAGGCAACUGCAGCUCUCUGUAUGGAUCCACCACUGAAACAGAUUCAGAGGCAGAAGACAAUCCAGAGCAGGUCACACGCCAUAUAAUGAAGGAACUGAUAGCUACAGAGAGGAUCUAUGUGGACGAGCUGCUCUCUGUGCUUUUGGGCUACAGGGCAGAAAUGGAGGACCCAUCCAUGUCUAAUCUUCUUCCCUCAGCUCUACGCAGCCAGAAGGAUGUUCUGUUUGGCAACAUGCCAGAGAUUUACCAGUUCCACAGCAGGAUCUUCCUCCAGGAUCUGCAGGGUUGCCUGGAGACACCAGAGAGGGUGGGGGCUUGCUUCCUGCAACGGAAGAAGAAGUUCCAGGUGUAUGAGCGUUACUGCCAAAACAAGCCUCGCUCUGAGUUGCUAUGGAGACAGUGCUCUGAUUCGCCCUUCUUUCAGGAGUGCCAGAAUAAGCUGGACCACAAGCUGGGUCUGAACUCUUACCUCCUGAAACCAGUCCAACGCCUCACCAAGUACCAGCUGCUACUCAAGGAGCUGUUGAAGCACUGUACAGAGGAGCGAUACCGAUAUGAACUCCAAGAGGCUCUCAACUCCAUGCUGGAGCUGCUGAAGUCUGUCAACGACUCCAUGCAUCAGAUAGCCAUCACUGGAUAUCAGGGUGACCUCAGUCAGCUGGGCCGAGUGGUGAUGCAGGGAGGCUUCAGCGUAUGGAUCAGCCAUAAGAGGGCAGCGGUGCGCAUGAAGGAGCUGGCCAGGUUCAAACCCAUGCAGAGACAUCUCUUCCUCUAUGACCUCGCCCUGCUCUUCUGCAAACGCAGAGACGAUGACACCCACGACAGGACGCCUUUCUACACUUUCAAAUCCUGUCUCAGAAUGAGUGCAGUGGGAAUCACAGAAAAUGUGAAAGGAGAUGUGAAGAAAUUUGAAAUCUGGUACAGUGGCAGAGAAGUAGUGUACAUAGUUCAGGCUCCCACACUGGAGGUCAAAGUUGCCUGGCUGACAGAGAUUCGAAAAAUUCUCACCAACCAGCAGAAAAUGCGCCAAGAUGAGACUCCUUCUCUUUCAGACAACCCUCUUUCUGACAGUGCAUCAGAGAUGUGUGUGUCGUGGGGCGGAGCAUCGGUGGGAGGCUGCUCAGCGUGUCUCCCUGUUCCUCACAGCUCCUCUGCAACAAACCACUCCCACAGGCUGCGAUGGGAGGAGUCAAUGCACACUAGCCCCGCCCACUCGGAACCUGUGGUUAACUCACCUCAACGCACUUGGCCUGUUCCUGCACACUCCGUGGCGAUCUGUGAGGGCCUGGAGGACUGGGGUGCAGCUACAGACCUCUCCAACCUAUCGGACUCAGACGAGGAGGAUCAGCCCGCCCCCCUGGUGGCGGGCAGGUACAGGGUCAUGGUAGAGAGCAGCAUGGCCAGCACGGAUGACAUCAUCUUUAACUGCGGGGAUGUCAUCCAGCUGCUGCAUGAAGAAUUGUCGGGAAUGUGGAUGGUAAAGAAUAUAAGUCGUGGGGAAGAAGGGCGUGUUCUAUCUGAGGACCUGCAUAGGAUUCUGGGAGAAACAUGCUAAGAGCCAAUCAGAACAGAGGAUAGAUGACACUACUUCAUCAACUUCCUGACCAAAAGGGGGCAUCUGACUCUGCCAAGACGUUCAGCAGAUCAACAGAUUGAAGCACAUCAACUGCAUAUUUAACUACUGUGACACUUUGACCUCAGAAAGCUGUAAACUACAGAAUGGACCUCAGACUGUAGCAAUACAAAGCACAUAUGUGGGAUCUUUUUAUUUAUGUAUCUAUUCCAGCAGUAAAUCAGUAGAUUAUUUAGACUUGGGGUUGUAACUAAAGACGUUGAACUUUUUUUGGGCCUUUAUUCAUAUGUACAGCAUAGACCUUUGUUGAUGUCUUCAAGUUUUAUCAUUUCUAUUUUCUUAUGAAAUAUGACAGAAAUCAUGCAUAUGCCUACUAACAUAUCUUUACUGUCCAUGUGCCAAACAGCGCAGCUAAUUAUUGUGGCUUCUUUUUGUAUAACACUGUAAAAUAGCUUUACCUUGGGGGGUGUUAUUGUUUGCAAUAAAUGUAAACCCUCUUUCUUUCAUACAGCAGCCAGCUACGUCACUAGAGGGUUUGCAUGUGAUGUUACCGUAUGCCAAAAUCGUUACUCCACCUCUUAGUGGCAAAAGCACUCUUUCAGCAUCUGCUUGGUGCGUUCAUAUGACAGAAGAACAAGAAAAAAAACAAGGCAAGAUCAGACUAUUCAGCAAUAUUCAGUCAAGGUUUCGCCAUUCAUAGCAGCCAUAGUGGGUUUGUUUUGCCACUCAGUGGUGUUGGUUAUGGAUGUAUAUGUGAAAAUCUCAUUGUAUACCCUCUAUAGAUAUUUUUCAACAUAUCAUAGCAGGAAAAGUACAGGUGCAAUUAAUAACAUAAGUAAUGUGACCAAUUUUGUCUCGCAUUGCCAGACUCCUCCACAGCCAAAUGUCAAUGCUGGAGUAUAGUCUACUUACACCUCUUAUCAAUUCUGCGAUAGGAUAAAAAAAACUCUCUGGCUUGUUUGUGUUUCUUUAAACCAAUCACAACCGUCCUGGGUGGCACUAAGCCCCGGAUGCAGCAACGGUGCCAUUGCUAAAUAGAUAGCGAUAGGAAAGGGGAGAGACAUAGAGCGCGUCUCUACAUGCCUUAUCCCAGCAUUGUAUAUCCGUUGAGCCAGUUAUUUCACAAUUACUCAGUUGGAAAUUUCAGUGGAGCAGAGCCUUUGUUAAGGUAAUUCGUUCCACCUGUUCUUCUCCUGCUAUGACAAGUAGCGGAUAGUACUGCAGUACUUAUGCAGGAUAAACAACAAAGUGUACUACUACACAAUGUCUACAUUGGCUUUCAAUGGGGCUGGUUGUUGCUUUGAUAAAUAAAUUGUAGAUAUUUCAAAAGUGAAUUAAUUUGCCAAUGUAUUUAAUUUUUGCUGCUGUUGACGGUGAUAAUGUGGUGUUAUAAUAACGGUGUUAUUUUUGUCAACAUUUUUCCUUUGGAAUUUGUUGAUUUUUUUGAUUGGUGAUAAUUCUGCAACUCUUCCAUCAAGUGAAUCUCCUCCUCGGCUGCAGCUGUUAUUACCACGGAGAUGAGACAAGCUUUAUUGUUCGCUGCUCUGCAAGGACAAAUCACUGCACAUGCCUAUUGCUUUAUUUCUGUCUUUACUGCUAUUCUACACCAACAGGGGAACUAUGCUCAGUAGGUAGUAACUGUAAAUAGUGUAGAAUUAUAAUUGCCAGGGGAACUAUUAGAGUUACAUUGUGAAUUACUAAAUUACAUGUUGAUUUUUAAUUUAGGGAGCUGAUCUAAUGAGAAAAACAUUCACAGGAGACCAUUUUAACUUCUGUAAAACUGCCUGGUUUUAAAACUGAUUUUCUUUACACUGUUCAGAGCAACUUUCAAACAAAGUGGUUAUGAAAACACUGACACUUUACCAGCUGAGGGUUAUUUCCUGAAGAGCAGACCGAUACAGUAUAAUUACUUAAAUUGCUGACAGUUUUUCAGUUAACUGUAAAUAUGUGAAUGGUAAAAAUCUAAAUUUUAGAUGUUAAACACAAUGUUGGACAAUAGCUGUGUAAAUGGUGAAACGUUUAUGGACAGUCAGAUGUUGACACUCAGCUAUCAAGUGACAAAAGGUACAUUAGAUUCCUGCAGUAUUUUGCUGAAUCUCCGAGAACUAUAUUAUUCUAAUCCAGCUGGAAACACAGAGUUAAGAUGAACUUUAAUACUGAAUAGAGAUUCAUUUUCACCCACAGUUAGAACCUUAUAAUCACUUGAUAGUGAGUGACAUCUAAAUAAGAUGUGAC